AGCAUCGACCCCUCCCCCCCGGCCCUUUCCGUUCCCCUUCCCUGCGUCUCCAGUCCCGGUCCUUCCCCCACUGUCACUCCUCUAUUUACAGAGAAAGGGAACUAUACUCAAUAAAAUGCGCACUUCUCGCUGUUGGUAGAAAAGGAUUGAUUUUUACAGUUCCAUAUGUAGAAAGAGAGACUUAAUUGCGGUUAGAAAAUCUCUCAGGACCUGGGGCUGGGGCUACAAAAGCUCUAAUUUUUCAAAUUGGGUUCUGAGAUUUUUAGGGUUUUUCUAAUUGAGGAGUUUGAGAAGCUGAGAUGGCAUAUAUACCCGGGAAAAAUCUUCUCUGUAAAUAAUUUGGAGUUCGGGAAUUUUUUUUUCUGCUUGUAAAAAAUUGUUUCUGUUGUUGUAUUAGUUUUUUUAGGGUUUUGAUAAUGGAUGGUAGGAGAAUAACGGCGAGUCCCCGGCCGUGCUCUGGACGGCGAGUGGUGGCCAAGAAGCGCCCUCGCGGAGGGAUGGAUGGUUUUGUGAACAGCGUUAAGAAGCUUCAAAGGCGGGAGAUUUCCUCCCGGCGUGACCGUGCUUUCAGUAUGAGUGAUGCCCAAGAACGGUUUCGGAACAUUCGAUUACAGGAGGAAUAUGAUACCCAUGAUCCGAAGGGACAGUGUUCUGUGGUACUUCCGUUUCUUCGGAAACGAUCAAAAAUAAUAGAAAUAGUAGCUGCUCGUGAUAUUGUUUUUGCUCUUGCACAAUCUGGUGUUUGUGCAGCAUUUAGUCGUGAGACUAACGAGAGGAUAUGCUUUUUGAAUGUCAGCCCUGAUGAGGUUAUAAGAAGCUUGUUUUAUAAUAAAAACAACGAUUCACUUAUCACUGUUUCAGUUUAUGCUUCAGAUAAUUUCAGCUCACUCAAGUGCAGAACUACAAGGAUUGAAUACAUCCGAAGGGGUAAACCAGAUGCUGGUUUCCCUCUUUUUGAGUCAGAGUCAUUGAAAUGGCCCGGUUUUGUGGAAUUUGAUGAUGUUAAUGGGAAGGUUCUCACAUAUUCUGCACAGGAUAGCAUAUACAAAGUUUUUGACUUGAAGAACUACACGAUGCUGUACUCAAUAUCAGAUAAGAAUGUUCAAGAGAUUAAAAUCAGUCCUGGAAUCAUGUUAUUGAUAUUUACCAAAGCCUGUGGUCAUGUUCCGCUGCAAAUUCUGUCAAUUGAGGAUGGGACUGUUCUCAAAUCUUUUAACCAUCUCCUUCAUCGGAACAAAAAGGUGGAUUUCAUUGAACAGUUCAAUGAAAAGCUUCUUGUCAAGCAGGAAAAUGAGAAUCUCCAGAUUCUCGACGUCCGCAAUUCUGAGUUAACUGAAGUUAGCAGAACUGAAUUCAUGACCCCAUCAGCAUUCAUAUUUCUGUAUGAAAACCAGUUGUUCUUGACAUUCAGAAAUCGUACUGUGGCUGUUUGGAAUUUCCGUGGUGAGCUGGUUACCUCGUUUGAGGAUCAUCUGUUGUGGCAUCCGGACUGCAACACUAAUAAUAUUUACAUCACCAGUGAUCAGGACCUAAUUAUUUCUUAUUGCAAAGCUGAUUCUGAUGAUCCAUUAUCAGAAGGAAAUGCAGGUUCGAUCAAUAUCAGCAACAUUCUGACAGGAAAAUGCCUUGCUAAAAUAAAAGUAAGCAACAGCUCUCCCCUGGACGACUGCUGUUGCAGUUCUAGUUGUGGUGGGAGAAGUUGCAAUUCACAGAAACGGGUCCAAGCUGCUAAAGUAAGGAGCACAGUUGCAGAGGCACUGGAAGACAUUACUGCCCUUUUCUACGAUGAAGAGCGCAAUGAGAUUUAUACUGGAAAUAGGCUUGGCCUGGUCCAUGUGUGGUCAAACUAGGGUGAUCUGAUGUUUGUACCAGGCACCCAUGUUUGCUUGGUUCUUCUCCAUAUGGCCAGUUCAUUUUGCACCCCGCAUUGCUGGAGUUGGCUGGGACUCUUGUAUCAUUAGAAGCAUUUCAAGUGGUUUAGCUUUCUUUUUAUUUUCUUCUGUUUUAUGUGACCAUUUAGCUCUUUAUGUUGUCCCUCAAAAGCGGGGAUACUCUAUCAUGUCAUAAUUUUCCCGUAUUGUGUUCUUGAAUUGCUCAUUUUGAGCAGGAAACUAGUUUUUGUCCUGUAGAUGCAGCUUGAAUCUAGGGUUGUCGGAAUGAUGUAUGUGGAUAUUGAAUUGACAAGCAGCUGUUUGUUGAUAUAUGUAUUGCAUAGUGAUCCAUUUGGUUUAACCUGAAUAUGAUGCUCUCCAGCUCCACUUUAGCUGCUUCCC